GUGUCAUCAAAUGUUUUUCACAGCUGCAAUUUUCCGCCUCACUGUUGUUUGUUUAUAUCGGAAGCGCAAUAUCGACUGCACUGGUCAAAAGUUUCGUCCCGUGAGGAAUUUUAACCGUUUCUCAGGCUCCUGACAAUCGUUACCGGUCGAUAAGCAAUGUAGUAUGCCUGGUAGUCUUUGUUGGCGCCGGUUCGCAACUAAAACAGCCCUCUAGUCAGUAUGUCAAUCAGUUUUUUCCAUCACCUGCUGUAGAACUUAGACGAUGUCCAGUUUCGAGUUCCUACCUUUCGAGAUUUGCUGCCUGAUUUUCGACUAUCUAAGCGUGGCGGAUUUAAAAAAUGCCUCCCUCGCCUGUCGCCGUUGGUGUCACAUAAUAUUUUCGGAUUACUACAUUCGAAGGUUCAUGCUGAGGAUCAACCUACAUCGAACAGAUCAUUCCAAGAUGUUGAAAGCGACGGGAUCUCCGGUGAUGUCGGAUAGAUCUCUGGCAACCGGCCCAAGCUCGUUUCCCUGUUCGUUAUAUCAGCGCUGUCGCUUGGCGAAGGGUAAAUCCAAAUGCGAACUGCGGCAGAUGUCGGUGAUGUUGAUGCGGUCCCGUAGGCACUAUAGCAAUAUCACUUUCGUUUGCGAUAACCGGAGCGAGUUCACCGACAAUGUGUUCAAUGUCAUAUUGAACCUUCUGAGACCGAGCGGAUUGGAGCGGGUCGAGAUGUUGAAAAUUAUUCUCUCAUCCAAUUUGAACGUGUUGGUUACGAUAUUGAAUAGUGCUAUCAGAAAUAUGACGCGGCUGAAAAGCUUCCACCUGAUAUAUGAUCCCCAGCGGAGAAUACAGUGUGGGGACCAGAUAAGACCAUGCGUGAUCAUCGAGAGUCAAACGAUAACGCACAUCGAGCUCAAAUCAGUGAUUCCCGAACAAAUCAAGCUGCCGAAGCUGGACUCGCUGGACGUUAGUCUGCAGCCUGGAAUCGCGGCUAUAAUCGAAAGCGUGGCGCACAAUCUGACAUAUCUCCAGCUUCAACUCGACUGCUCGUCUGCGAACUGUGGCGAAGAGGAAAUCUAUGCACUGACAUUGGACCGUCUUAAGGUGCUGAAAAUGAGUCGUGGCAUCAUGAACGAAUUCAGUUUCCCGAUUCCGGUGAGCUCGAAUCGACCGGGACUGAAGCUUCGCUUCUUUCGUCAUUUGGACCAACUGGAGAAACUGAUCCUAGAGGAAAAGUACACAGCGGAGAAUAUUUUUCUCGCUAUCUGUGAAACCUCCCGCAAUCUGGUAGAGCUAAAGAUAGACCACCUUAAGGUUAUCAACUGCACCGUUUUAGAUAGGCUUUCGUUGCUGCAGAAUCUCAAGGUACUUUCGCUUCCAAAUAUUUACUCAUCGCACGAAAUUUCCUUCCACUAUGUCUACCUGCCAAAGCUGGAGAGUCUCCAUCUGGAGAUUUUCAAGGACUCUACGUACUCGUUCAGCAAAUUUCUUAAUCUAAAACGUCUUACCAUCGGCACGUACUCUUCGCAAGCACCGGAAAUAAUCGACAUCAUCUCGAUGCACAUCCAGCAGUUGCGUGAGUUGCGGUUGUACUUCCUCGACUUUGCUGGCGUUCCAUCGCGCACAUUCCGCAAGCUUGCCUACCUGGGGCAGCUGCGCAAACUGGAACUGAUCAAGGGUCACCUCCGGAGGGAUGCCUUCGGACGGUGUCCUCCGGGCAUGAGCGGACUGGAGCUGAUUGUGUUCAACUUCUGCCAGCUUGACACAGAACACUUCGACGGGCUGCGGGAGCGCUUUCCGGCGCUGAAGGACGUCCGGUUCGAGGAUUGCCUGGUGCGCGUCCAGAUGCCGUACUCGGAGGUGAGAUUUAACUAUCGUUAAGGGUUUCGUAGUGAAUUAUUCAAAUUUUAUCGUUAAUAAAAAAAAGAUUUGUUGAUGAAGGAACAAUAGUGUUUUGAACACCGGUUUUUGAGCUAUAGGAAUCAGAUGGGAAAGUCUAGGGGUCUUCUUUUUAUAAGACCGCGUUUUUCAGUAAGAGUGCCAAAUCAGAAAACAAGUCACGAUUUUAUGAAAUGAAGUUAUCGUUAAUAACAAAUUCCGCUACAAAAGAAAUGAUUGAAAUGAUUGAAACAGCAAUCAAAUCAGAAAUACGUUUGAUAUUCUCUAGCCAUUGUGAUUCCCUAAUCCGCUAACGGUUUAAAUCAGGGAUUCUAAAAGAGGUCGAUGUCGAACCCUUGGGGUCGAGAACAGCUUCCCAGAGGUCGACAAGAUACUGUAUAAGUUGUGUUACGUGAACCAACUCGUUAUAAGAAUGACUAAUAUUUAA